GUUCGCAGGCGUGACGUAGAGCCCAGCGUGUGCAUGACAACGCACGUUGCACCCAUACAUGCGCCUUCUCUCACGCCCUGCCACAGUGCCACAGGACCGCCACGCCAUGACGAAGGGAGACUCCUCCCGCAUCCAGUCCAGCCAGGCCACGGGAGGCCACGACGUCGGCAAGGACAGCUUCGCCGCCCGCGCCCAGUCCGCGGGUGACCGCCAUGCCGCCAGUGGUGGCGGCGGCGGCAAGGGUGGUGGCGGCGGCGGCGGCAAGAAGUGAAAGUGAAGCAGCCGUGAAGGGCAUGGCACGGAUGUGGCGGCGGCAACAGCAGGAGCCGGGGUUUGGUGGUUUCUGCACGCGCUGAGAGUGACGAUGUGCUGAGAUUGAUCGUUACGGUAUUGACUUUGAUCGUCUUAUGCUUUAGAGGCCACUAAGCGCCCGGCUUGCUGCCUGUUACUUGAGACGGCUUGCGGAAGUCACUGUACCGCCGUUUCCAUGCAUUGCGUCGUGUUACAAUUUGUGAGGGCGGCUCCGCCGCCGGAGAGGGUACCUGCAAGCAGAGAACUGCGGUCUUCGUGCGGGGUUGGGAGGGCGAGCCCGAACCGCCGUGUAGCCACGCAAAGAUAGAGCGUAGCCAGGGACGACGGCGUCAGUACUGACAGAACGAAAC